AUGGAUCUUACCUCAGUUUAUAAAUCUACAGUUCAUAAAGGAAUGGGAACAGGAGUAAGCUUUUUAGAAUUAUUUUGAUUCAGAUUUCUAACCAUGCAUAUUGCGGUCUAAGGCUGGGUUGCACGGUGAGAACUGACACAAUGCUUCGAGACAAGAGAGAAUGAGCUAGAUCAUUCUCUCUUGUUCUAGAUUAUUAUCAGAUGUACUUUGUAUUAGGAAGUUUGCGGCAGAGUCAAUGGUCUGACGAACCAGUUUGAAUACUUGUAACAGCCUCAUGAACUUUGAAAACACCUUCACUUUUAACGGAGCAAUAACUACAGUAGGUAAUUGCUGAUUUAAACACUGAACAAUUGAUUCUUGGUAGAACGAGAGAAUGGUUCCUACAGCUCAGUUUAAACAGCGGUCUCUUGCACCACUGAGCGGAAAACGAGGGGCGAAGUCCGACAGUGGAAAAACUGGAAGGGGAAGCUAUAAGUGGACGUCAUUAGAUUCCUUCAUUCAAUAAGUGCUAAGUACUAUGGCAAAUAAUUGUAAAUAUAGCGAACACGUACGUGCUUAUUUGAUUAAGGCAAAUAAGUGUCUGUUUGUAUUAAGAUCUUUACGGAAGGAAGGUUUCAAUCAAGGUGAAGUGGACCACCUAUUUAGCGCUUUAGUUUUACCGAGUUUCACUCAUGGUCUGCCUGUGUAUGGCGCUGUAGACUCAGAUCUCACGGUCAUACAAAACCUUGUUGGAUAGAUGCUUUAAAAGGAAAUACACAUCUAAGAGAAUGGACGUUCGAGAACUUUUAGAAAAGGCAGAUAAGAAGCUUUUCAAGGUACGUUCAGUGGAUCCAUUAUGGCUCUUGGUGGAUCUCGAUUGCCCGCUUGGUAACAUUAUUUCGAAGAAGAAAGAAACAAAGUAUCUACUCAGAAACAAGACCGAUAGAUUUAAGAAUGUUUUUGUAAAUAGGAUUAUUUUUAGAUAUAAUCUUUAAUUUUUCUAUUAUUUGUAUACGGUAUGUCUAAUGUAUUUUUAGAUUCCCAACUGCUGAUGCAACUUAAGAUAUGUCUUUUUAUCUUAGGAGAAUAAAGAUUGGUUGAUUGCAUGAUUGAUUGAUUAAGCCAGGAAUAUGUUAAGGGCCCAGCUUAGACUCCUUAGUAAGGAAACGACACUAAAUUGGCAAAACGUACAUCCUUUUUCGUUGAAGAUUUUUACAAACUAAUAAUUUAAUUACGUUCUGCAAAAAUGUGAGCAACCAUGUAUGGAUAUAUCGGCUGUAGGCAGACAAACCAACUGCUACAAGAACUCAAGAAAUAUCUUCUAUGACGUUAGCAGAGCGGCUGAAAACCCACGCUUCUGAAAGUCACUGAACGCUCUCUCACCCAUGCAUGACUGAUGUAUCCAUGUGAGUUAUGAACUAGUUCAGUCGCGCAAAAAUGGCUUCGGACGACUAAUAAACAGUUGAAUAUAUAAGCCAUUUAUCAUCAUGAUUGCGAAGGGUGGAAAUAAGUUUUCGCCUCUUCAUCUCCUUUCGUCUCUGUCCUGUAUAUCAGCUAGAUGACAAUCGCUGGUCGUUGAAUCUUCACUCUUUCGGCAACUUCUAUCCUAGCAAGCCUCGGAAUGACGCCUCAGAGGCUAAAUAUAUUAUUUCUGCUGAUGGUGAUCUUUGGUCAGCUUGGAGUUAGGGCUUUUAUACCAAGACGACAUCGGCUUCAUAGACUAAGACCAUCGCCUCGACAUUGCACUGUUAGCGGUAAGAAAUAACUUUUUCUUAGUUGUAGGGGCUUUAGAAACGGCUAUAUACUAAGUAACUGCAAAGACAAGUGCUAAUAGUGAAGAAAGGUCCAUGUCCCUCAAAGAAACGGAGCAAAAAUUCUGACAAACUGAGAGCGAAUUAAGAAAUUAGAACACAACCGUUAUAUUAAUACAUAUAUUUAAGAAAAGAUGGAGAAAAAAUGAAUGAGUAAAACAGUUUGCAUGAGAAUAACGAUGCAGAGAGUAACGAGCAUAUUUGGUCUAAAGUUCAAGUUGAAAUUUAUUUAUACGUUGUUUAUCAUAUAUUUAUAGAUACGCUGACUGCAAAUCGGAAUAUAAAUUUAUCUAGCUCGACAGUGAAACAUGCAUUAAAAGAGAAAAAGAAUGACGAAGAGCAAAAGCCAUGACAAAUUAGACCGUCUAAGCUGUCACCAGACAGUCUUUUCAAUUCGAGGCUGAUAUCCCCGGGUUAGGAUUACUGUUUCUUGACUGCACCGUCCCUUGACCUUGGUUCACUGGGUAUUUUAAAUCCGAAUUCUGCAUAAUGUACUGAACGUCAGUUUUUGCCGGAAUAUAACGGCAGUGCGCAGCGAGCAACCUUAGGGUCUCCGUAGUGGCUUUAUUAAGUUUCUCGUCAAACUUGUCCGAGAUUUUAUCUCCCCUUUCCCCUGGCAUAAAAUUUGAGCUUUGGCGAAGGAUCGAGCCGGCGCGUGCAGUGGUCGUCGACCGCUGAGUUCAGCCGAGCAGAGAGAUGAUGUCUCCUCGAAUUGUUUCUACGCUUUAGGCUUAAUACAUAAUGCCCAGUUUUAAGUUACAGUAGCAACCUGAUACGAAAAAGGAAUAGAAGGGACAUUUCGCUGAAACUCCAACUACAACGGCGAAGUGCCAAAAACUGAGGCAACGAAAGAUCAAACAAAUAACGGAAAAAAUUCCGAUAAAUUAAAGAUGCACGUAAGGGCACGUCUCAUCGGCAGUUGCUUCAAGACUAACUGAAGCGGAAAAUAUCGUAGGUUUGAGCUGAAAAAUUACCUGUCAUUGAACUUCGUAACUUUACUGAAUUCAGUAUAACGUACUAUUUGGAAAAUUGCAUCCCUCAUUUGCGUUUUUUUCCUAUCUUUUUUUUCCCUUCAUUUAUUUGCCACACAAUAGUAAAAAUAUAAAAAAUGGAAGGUAAAUAGAAAAGGAAAAGUGGCUAGGAGACCUUACCGAAACUAUAGAAGGCUUACUGAAGAGACUAGACCUCCUCGAACUACUGCAGGCUCAUAGUUGUUUACAUCAAGUGAAGCAAAAGAUGACGUUAAGUCAAGGCACGUGAAGUGGUUCUGAGAAAAUGACGGGGUAACAGUAUCGCUACAUAUGACAUAUUUAUAAGUCCGUUAUUUAUGUAAGGUGGUAACAAAAACCUCAUCUGACGACUUGAGUUUGUUUUAUGCGUUUUUUAAAGUAUGGCGCUUAGUUUGUUGCGUGUUAACCAACUGUGUUAAGUAGAAACGGAAGUGUGUUUAAUAUAUUAUUUAUCGUAGAUAUCGCCGUACAUUUUAGGUUCUGAUAUUUCAUGACAAUCGUCUGAAAAACCAUCUCUUAACGGUUUAAAGUCUGCGAAAAAGUACGAACUUUUUCAUUGUUAAAGGACGGAUUUGCUAGCCUGCACGUUUCUCUAUGCCUGCUUAAUCAUCCAAGCCUUGUCGCAACUGGCCGCGCAUGAUUGAGUUGAGCCGAAUAUAUUAGUCACUAAAAAAUGGUCUUAAAAAGUACUCUUGACCACUUCUAUCAAUUACAUGGUAUCUUUCAACAUUUUUUUAAAGAGAAAAUCUUGGAUUUUCUUUAAUUCAUCUCUACCAGGAGCCGAUUCUCCUGAUCUCUACUUCAUCAAUCACGACGUUUAUAACUGAGUAAUUGACAGAGAAUUCUUUUUACAGUCGCUGGCAUUCGCUUCAAAAUGUUCACUCUUCUUCAUAUAGUCUUCCCGCUAGGAACACGCAUUGGGCGUCACAUUUGGUAUAUUGCUUCUGCUGUUCAUGGUGAUAUUUCUCAACCACGAAGUGAGCAUUUUUGUUUUGAGAAAAUAACGUCGCUUACCACAAUCUCCGCGACCCCCUCAAAGAUGAGUAAUGAAUGCGACAAGGACUGA